GAGGUGGACAUCCCGUCCAAUUCCGUGUACCGCUACCCGCCCAAGUCCGGAAGCUAUUUUGCCAACCACUUCAUCAUGGGAGGAGAGAAGUUCGACUCGACGCACCCUGAAGGCUACCUGUUUGGCGAGAACAGCGACCUGAACUUCCUGGGAAACAGGCCCGUCGCGUUUCCUUACGCUGCGCCCCCUCCCCAAGAGCCUGUGAAGACGCUGAGAAGCCUGGUCAACAUCCGGAAGGACACACUGCGGCUCGUCAGGUGCGCCGAGGAGGUGAAGAGCCCAGGAGAGGACGCCGGCAAAGCCAAGGUGCACUACAACGUCGAGUUCACCUUCGACACGGACGCGCGCGUGGCCAUCACCAUCUAUUACCAGGCCACCGAAGAGUUCCAGAAUGGCAUUGCCAGCUACGUUCCCAAAGACAGCCGGCUGCAGUCGGAGACCGUGCACUACAAGCGAGGGGUGUGCCAGCAGUUCUGCCUGCCCUCUCACACCGUGGACCCCUCAGAGUGGGCCGAGGAGGAGCUCGGCUUUGAUCUGGACCGCGAGGUUUACCCGCUGGUGGUGCACGCCGUGGUGGACGAAGGAGACGAGUAUUUUGGCCAUUGCCACGUGCUGCUGGGCACUUUUGAAAAGCACGCAGAUGGGACCUUCUGUGUCAAGCCCCUGAAGCAGAAGCAAGUAGUGGACGGGGUCAGCUACCUCCUCCAGGAGAUCUACGGCAUCGAGAACAAGUACAACACCCAGGACUCCAAGGUGGCCGAGGACGAAGUGAGUGACAACAGUGCCGAGUGCGUGGUGUGCCUCUCGGACGUCCGGGACACCUUGAUUCUGCCCUGUCGCCACCUCUGCCUCUGCAACACCUGCGCGGACACCCUGCGCUACCAGGCCAACAACUGCCCCAUCUGCCGCCUGCCCUUCCGGGCACUGCUUCAGAUCCGAGCCAUGAGGAAAAAAUUGGGCCCCCUGUCCCCAACCAGCUUUAACCCCAUCAUCUCAUCGCAGACGUCCGACUCUGAGGAGCACUCGUCCUCCGAGAACAUUCCACCAGGCUACGAAGUGGUGUCUCUCCUGGAGGCGCUCAAUGGGCCCCUCACCCCAUCCCCAGCAGUGCCUGCGUUGCACAUGCGUGGAGACGGCCACCUCUCGGGAAUGCUGCCCUCCUACGGCAGCGACGGCCACCUGCCCCCCGUCAGGACGCUGUCCCCGCUCGACCGCCUGUCUGACUGCAGCAGCCAAGGCCUCAAGCUCAAGAGGAGUCUGUCCAAGUCCGUCUCCCAGAGCUCCUCGGUGCUGCACGAAGAGGAGGACGAGCGCUCCUGCAGCGAGUCGGAGACGCCGCUCUCGCAGAGACCCUCGGCCCAGCGGCUGCGAGAGCCCCAGGAAUGUGGUGUGACCCCCGAAAGUGAGAACCUCACCUUGUCGUCAUCGGGAGCCAUCGACCAGUCGUCUUGCACAGGGACGCCGCUCUCUUCCACCAUCUCCUCCCCCGAAGACCCCGCCAGCAGCAGCCUGGCCCAGUCUGUCAUGUCCAUGGCGUCCUCCCAGAUCAGCACCGACACGGUCUCCUCCAUGUCCGGCUCCUACAUCGCCCCCGGCACCGAAGAGGAGGGAGAGGCUCUCCCGUCCCCCCGGGCUGCCAGCAGGGCCCAGUCAGAGCAAGCAGAGGGGACGCCAGCAGAGUCUCCGGAGAGCAACUUCGCCGGCCUCCCAGCGGGAGAGCAGGACGCAGAGGGUAACGACGUCAUAGAGGAAGAGGAUGGCUCACCAGUGCAGGAAGAUGGCCAGAGGACAUGCGCAUUUCUAGGUAUGGAGUGUGACAAUAACAAUGACUUUGACAUCGCAAGCGUGAAAGCACUGGACAAUAAGCCGUGCCCUGAGGCCUGCUUACCCGCCGCAGCUCCGGAGUCCUGCCCCAUAGACAUUGAGGAAUAGGUGCCUGGCAAGCUGAUAACGCCGUCAGAGGGCGGAACACCCAGCGCCGGCGCCUGGAGGACCCCGAGGACAGGCCCUGCGUGUGGGGCCCGCUGGCUGUCUGAGCGCCCCGGCCCCAGCACCCAGGCUGCACUCCGCCCUCACAUCCAUCCAUCCUCACCGGAGCCGCGCCUCGUGCCCAGCCUGCUCCCCCAACCCCGCCUCCUGCGGCCGGACUCCCUCCUGCUCUCGAGACCCUCUGCAGAGGCCCCCGUGUUUCUGUGGGGUCUCGACCUGGGGUGGGGCUGGGGUUCACAGCCGGUUGCUUUCUGUGCAUCUUCCUCCUCCGUAGUGGGCAGACCCAUGGCACUGGGUUUGGGCCGCUGUCACAGGUGGCCCUGCAGCACACACGCCCUAGCCCACCUGGGCUGGCUCCCGUGGUUCCCCUCCAGAACAUCGGACGAGGGAGACAGGAGGGUGGUUGCAAAGCCAGCUCCCUUCUGGCGGCAGAGCUGGUGUCCUGUGCCUUGUGUGCCCGAGACUCCCCGGUUAGGCUGGUCACCCACACGGACGAGUUCCCUGGAGCAGGUGCCAUGGGGAACUCCCGGGACCCGGGCCGAAGGUGACCUUUCAGGAAGCGCUCCCUGACCACGUCCACGUCCAGCUGCUGCUGGCACUGCCGUGUUGUCGUAUUUCACCUUCCCCGCAGCCCCUGCCUCCACCCCUUUGUAACAGCUGAAGAAAUCCAAGCCAGGGGAGGGGUAGACCCGUGGUGCUCAAGUGCGCCCAGGACCCCUGAGGAAGCGACGUUGACCACAGAGCCAAGUCCAGGCAGCAGGCAGGGACCAGCGGCAGGGCCCCAGCCCACCACCCACCCCCGUCCUCUGCUGCCUCCCAGAUGUAGUAAGCUGGAUAGGUGAGGGGAGGCAGACCCGUCCAGAGGCCAGUGAGGACUUCAGGCCCUGCCCACACAGAAGCCACGCCUGCCAAGGCUGGGCAGGCAGUGGCUGGGAGUUACUCCUUCCCAAUGCCAGGGUUAGCAGUGGGCUUCACGUGGCCUUGGCCAGAGGCGUUGUCCACUGGCUUUUGGAAAAGGUGAUUGGGCGGGGCAGGGGGCGGGGCUAAGACUAUUUGGGAAGCAGAGUUAGAAACAGCAGUUACCUGUGAGAAUGGGGCAUAAGGGAGCCGUGGGCUGUGCCCACUGUGCCCACUGUGCCCACUCUGGGGAGCUUUCCCAGGCCUCAAAAAGGCACCCAAGGAGUCCCCUGCACCUCCUGUGUGGCUGCAGAGGCCAGGAUACAGGGGCUGUGACGGGAGUCCUGUCCUGGGGGAGGCAGGGCUGUUGUCCCCUCCAGGGCGUGGCCGGUGGGGCCUGAGGUCCAGCAAUGGACUCUGCUGUGGAGACUGCGCCGACGUCCUCCCGUCCCUUCCCCCGGCGUCCGUUCUUGCGGCCCCUCCUACGUGAGCUGUAGGCCAGUGUCAUUCAGCAAUAACCCCAGUCCCUGAUGUCCUUGAGGUCUGAGGCCCAGAAGCCCCAACAACGGGGAGCUUCCCUGAGCCCGAGCCCGAGGCGGCACGCGGAGCACCCCCUGUCCCAGCAGGCCCCAGUCACUGUGUGGUGUUACCUGGAAGGCCUGGGCAGGAGCUGAGACGCUGGAGAUUCGGUAAACAGUAGCCACGGUGGCCAGGACACCCACCUCGCCACUUCCUGCAGGGUGGGAGUGCCGACCCUUCCCGGGAAGAGGCUCUGACAGAGGCCGGUCCUGCCUCUCCUCUCCCUCUCUGUUCUCACUGAGCCCCCUUGGGGAGCAGAUGGACCCCACCCAAGGGGGCUGGUCCUCGUCACCCCGAUCCGGGACAGAUCAGCUGUCAUCCGGAGAAGCCACGCCAUCAGCAGUUUGCUGGGGGUGGGGGGAGAGGGGCGGCUUCUGGAGCCCCGGCCUCCUUCCCGGGCACACCGGGGCUUUGCUCUCCGGCCGCGGGUGGCUGCUGGGGUGGUCCUGGCUCCUCACAGCCUUUCCCUGUUCCCAGUUCCAUCCCGUCAGAGCUCCGGGGCACAGACCCACACACCACACACUCAGGCCCUGGCUCCUGGCGAGGUAGAAGCUGACCACCUGGCGUUGGCAUCCGGCCGCACACCGAACCGUCGUGUUCCCCCCACUCCCUGGGGUACAACUCGUGGGCAGGCCACAGUGGGGACGUCAGGAUGCAAUAUUUAUGGAUCACUGCAUGGUUCUUUAAAACGAAUAAAACUGUUUACAAGGGAAAAGA